AUGAGCAGGCGCGGGCGCUGCUCGCCCGCCGCCACCUCGGUGCUGAGGGGCCUGGUUGGCUCGGCCUUCCUCUGCCUGGCCAGGGCCAUGAGCCUGUGCCGAGCCCCGCCGACCUGCGGGGCGGGGCCCUCGGGCGGCGGCUCCUCCUCCGCCCGCCUGAGCCCCCCGUGGCUGCGGCUGCCGCAGGUGCCGGGCGCCGACCCCUGCAGAACCAACGACCUGUUGCUGCUGCUGCCGCCGGAGCAGCCGCCGCCGCCGCCUCGGCAUCAUGUCGUCUAUUUCCCGGGGGACGUGCAGAACUAUCGUGACGUUAUGGCCUGCCAUCCAGAAAACUUUCAAUGGGAGUGCUGGAGUUUAGAAAACAUUGCUACUAUACUCGCUCGCCGAUUCCCUAAUAGUUAUGUUUGGGUUGUAAAAUGUUCCCGUAUGCAUCUGCACAAAUUCAGCUGCUAUGAUAAUUUUGUGGCAAGUAAUUUAUUUGGAGCACCAGAACACAGCAGUGACUUUGGAGCUUUCACACAUCUUCAUGCAUUGCUAGUUAAUGCAUUCAGUAUCACCCAGAACAUUUUGCUGUCCCAAAAGAGUAUGUAUAAUUUCAACAAGGAUGAAACGAUAGCUGUUUGUAAGUCAAAAUCUGUUCCUACUACAAAUGGCUGUCCAGCAUCAGAGAGAGAGAGAAAUUGGGAAUAUUCUGAUAAUUCUGCUAUGAGUUUUGGUACACCAUCUGUUAUAGGUGAAGCAUCAUUUACUUUGAUUGGCUUCAGUAAAGGUUGUGUGGUUUUGAACCAGCUGCUUUAUGAGUUAAAAGAAGCGAAAAAGGACAAGAACACAGAUGCCUUUAUAAAAAAUAUAAGAGCAUUUUACUGGCUGGAUGGUGGUCACUCUGGAGGAAGCAAUACUUGGGUUACUGACCCUGAAGUGUUGAAAGAAUUUGCAGAGACAGGGAUUGCAGUUCAUGCUCAUGUUACACCUUACCAAGUGUUUGAUACAAUGAGGUCAUGGAUUGGGAAGGAGCACAAGAAAUUUGUGCAGAUUCUUGAAGAAUUUGGUGUGCAAGUAAAUAAACUGCUUCAUUUUGCAGAUGAAGUCCCUUCCUUAGAUAACCACUUCAGAGUUCAUGAAGUAUUUUGAGACUUUGAAUACACAUCUGUGUACUGUAUUCUUUGCAAAAGCACUUUUGACAUUAAAAGUCUUGUAAUG